AUGAAAACACCUUGUUUAACAUCAUCAACAACUAUUAUGACAACAACAAGAGAAACAUUAAAUCUAUUUGAUUCACAUCGUUAUUCGACAUCAGAAUUGAAAACACUAACAACAGCUACAACAAUACCAGCAAAUAUUUUAACAACAACCGCAUCAAUUUUAUCGACUACUCCUGUCGUAUCUAUUCUUCUUCAACCCACAUUAUCAAAAAUUUCAACAAGUCAUAAACGUUCAUCAACACCGAAACUG